AUGCCCCUCGCGUCCUCUCACUUCUUGGUAGUUGGUCUCGGAAAUAUCCCGUAUCCUGGAACGCGGCACAGUAUUGGCCAUCUAGUCCUCGAUGGCCUUGCCUCCCGUCUGGGUGUAUCCUUGACAUCGGAUCAGGAGGUGAAGGGGUUUAGAGCGACGAAACACAAUGUUCCCAUUGGCAGCGCUGAUGUCUCCAUCACACUCUACAAGCCAAAGGCACUCAUGAACAUCUCGGGCCCGCCCGUCGCACGCGCUCUAAAGAGUCUCGCUAUCCAGCCGUCAAACAUGAUAGUCGUUCACGAUUCACUGGACCACAAGCCCAUGAAGCUCUCGCCAAAGUUUGGAGGCUCGGCCAGUGGACACAACGGCGUUCGCAGCAUCAUCGAGGCCCUUGGAGGGGAGAAGGACUUCCAUCGUCUCAGGAUCGGUAUUGGGCGUGAUCAGUCUGAUCCUGCAGACUACGUCCUGGGACUUUUGCCCCGUUCCGAGCGUGUUUUCUGGCAGGACGGCGAGGGCACUGACGCCGUAUGGUCGGCGUUGCUGAAGAUCAUGGUCACACCUCGCUAG